CUUCCCUUUCGGCCCUUGCGCGCUUGGUAACAAGGUCGUGAAAGAAGGACUUGGUGUGGAACCGCCAUUUCCUCCGCCUUCGGUCUCUGCGCCUUUCGCAGAGCUUUCAACAGCGACAUGUUGGCACAGAGCAUCCGGAGGUUCACAACCUCUGUCGUCCGUAGGAGCCACUAUGAGGAGGGCCCCGGGAAGAAUUUGCCAUUUUCAGUGGAAAAUAAGUGGCGGUUACUAGCUAUGAUGACUUUGUACCUUGGAUCUGGAUUUGCUGCACCUUUCUUUAUAGUAAGACACCAACUGCUUAAGAAGUAAAGAUGUUUUAAUUCAUCCAUUUAACAGAUAAUGAAGAGCAUUUUAAGAGGUGCAAUCUCUUUGAAAAAUGGAUCAAACUCUUGAACUCAUAGCAUACUAGAUAUGUUUGUAAAUAAACAUAAGAUAUGAA